AACACCGUGGCUCCGCACAUUCAUGAUGGCGGAUCAAUCUCAGUCAAAGAUCAUCGAAAGCAAUCCUAUUGGGAAUGGCCUUGAUGCCUUCCGCGCUUCAUUCAGUUCGAUCUGCGAAGGCGCGAGUGUCUCCUGCACUCCGGACGCGUUAGAGCAGCUUAGCCAAGAUGAUCUCCAGAAUGUCGUCCUCGAUCUUCUAUUCGCUCUACCCAACCUCCCCACGAUUCGUUUCCUGCGAUCAAAGACAGGCCAUGGCACCCUUCGCAACGAUCUCCUCAAACUGAUCUCUGCUGUCAAUUCCGACAACUUCGACUUCAACCGCAUCAAGCCUCUCCUAAAGGCAGCCCUCGCCGAUGAUCCUGAUGAUGCGCUCAUCUGGAACCAACUCUACAAUGCCGUUACCGAAUCCACCCCGCCUCCCCGACCGAUAGCCUCUUCCUUGCAACAAACCCCAUGGCUGCACAACACGAGCAGCUUCGCGAACUCCUCCGAGUAUCGCGAUGAUGUGGACAGAGUCCUUAGGAAUGAACUCGGCGCUUUGUACGUCGGGCUUCCUCAAUUCCAUGAGGCUUUUUUUGGACGGGUGGCAGGUCUUAAGACAGCAUCCGAGGCUGUCUUUAAAAAGUGCACGGAAGGCAGCGAACCACUCUUCAGUAAUGGGUGGAGCGGAUGGCCGAGAGAUGCAAAUCAGAACGGUGUCUUGAGCUGGUUUGCGGAAUUGAACGAGAAACUGGCGAUAUUAGCAGAAGAAUGCAAGUUAGCCCCAACAAAUCGACGAAGGCCACUGGCACAACCCAACAAGCCGAUCCAGGGUUCUACAGCAGAACGCAAGUUGGACGUCGGCUUCGUGGACAACCCUAAGGCUGGGAAAGACUCUCGAUGUCACUGGUCGCAUAUCCUCGUACCGGGCGAGUUGAAGAGCAAUCCAUCGGCUGACAAAGCAUCAAAGGCAUGGCUUGAUCUUGGGACGUAUGCGAGAGAAGUGCUUGCUGCUCAAGAUACCCGUCGCUUCGUCUUGGGCUUUACCAUUUGUGGAUCUCUCAUGAGGAUAUGGGAGUUUGACCGGCUUGGAGGGAUUGCAUCCGAACAAUUCGAUAUCAACAAAGAUGGGCUGCAGUUUGUAUCCACAAUCCUUGGGUUCCUCUGGAUGAGCAAGGAGGAGCUUGGCUUCGACCCGACAAUCAUAACAGCAAAUGAUAAGCGAUUCAUUGAGAUCAAGCGGAAUGGUUCAACAGAGCGCCUUAUCAUUGAUAAGGUGAUGUUACGCGCACGUUGCAUAGCUGGCCGGGCUACAACUUGCUGGAAAGCCCAUCGCGAAGGACACCCACAGAUACUGCUCGUUAUCAAAGACUCAUGGCAAUACCCCGAGCGCGAUGAGGAGGGCGAAUUGUUACGCGAGGCAACUGAUCAAGGCGUUAUUAACGUGGCUCGAUAUUACUAUCACGAGACAGUUCAAGUACACGGCAUGGAUGAUGAUAUUCGAAGAAACGUUCGCAGAGGACUAGAUGUUACCACAGCUACGAACUACCAGCCGGAACGCUCGAUGCCGCCGCCGCCGAGUAUAAUCGCGUCUGGGGCUUUACGGAGGCGCAGCAGCAGCCGCGCUACUAGCAAAAAGCGACCAUCCAGUCAGAUUAGCGCCCCUCUGCCCCCCAGCAAGCGAUCCCGUUCGGCAUUUCCAACGAAGGCUGGCGGCGAUGCACUAUCAAACCGGGUGCAUCGACGUAUUAUUCUUCGUGACUAUGGAAAGCCUAUCUACAAGGCAAGCUCCCGAUCGGCCCUGCUUGCUGCGUUGGAAAGCUGCAUUGAAGGACAUGAGUCCUUGCGGCGCAAGGCCAGCUUCCUUCACAGAGAUAUCUCCAUCAACAAUCUCAUGAUUAACGAGGACGACAACAACCCCUCCUGGCCUUCGUUCUUGAUUGAUCUGGACCUCGCCAUCAGAGAGCAACGAGAGGGCGCCUCUGGAGCCAAGAGCAAGACCGGCACGAGGGCAUUCAUGGCAAUCGGGACGCUUCUGGGCGAGCAGCAUUCUUUCAUGCACGACCUCGAGUCAUUCUUCUGGGUGCUCUUCUGGAUAUGCAUCCACUAUGAUGCGAAUGGUGAGGAUAUCGGGCCAACUGAGUUCGACAGUUGGAAUUACGAGAGUGAUAAUAAGCUAGUUGGAUCUAAGAAGGGUGUGAUUUCCGAUGAAGAGGAUUUUCUCAAGAUGGUGAAAGAGAACUUCACAUCGUACUACCAGCCAUUGAUUCCAUGGGUCAAUAGGCUGCGCAGAGGGGUAUUCCCAGGUGGUGAAAGACGGAAAAGACCGGAGCCUAAGCUCUAUUCCUCAAUGAAGAAGAUACUUCAAGACGCACAGCAGGAUGCUGAAGUUACAGCGGGCGGAUAAUGUACAGUAUAGGUAUUAAUUAUUGCCUAGGAGCAAGUUGAUCUGAUUAUUCAGUCAUUUUCUUCG